CUCUCUCUACAAUGCCGUUGAAUGAUGUUUCCGAAUUUCCAUAUUUGUCCCUCAAUUAAACCGACCUUAACCCCUCCCUCCCACUCCCCUUAUAUUUAAAGUCGCUAUCCCCAAUCGCUUCUCUCAAAAUCAAAACCCUAAUCUCUUUUUAUCAAGGAUCUUGGAUUUCUGUUUCCUUGUAUUGAAGAAAAAAGAUGGCUCGUACGAAGCAAACUGCUCGCAAAUCAACCGGAGGGAAGGCUCCCAGGAAGCAGCUCGCUACCAAGGCUGCAAGGAAAUCUGCGCCUACGACCGGCGGAGUCAAGAAGCCUCACCGCUACCGUCCUGGAACCGUCGCUCUUCGUGAAAUCCGUAAAUAUCAAAAGAGCACCGAACUUUUGAUUCGCAAGUUACCCUUCCAGCGUCUUGUUCGUGAAAUUGCUCAAGACUUCAAGACGGAUUUGAGGUUUCAAAGCCAUGCGGUCCUGGCAUUGCAGGAGGCUGCAGAGGCAUACCUUGUGGGUUUGUUCGAGGAUACUAACUUGUGCGCUAUCCAUGCCAAGAGGGUCACCAUUAUGCCCAAGGAUAUUCAACUCGCUAGGCGAAUUCGUGGGGAGCGUGCUUAAUUUUCUUUUUUAAUUUGUAUUGAUUCAGGGGUUGUUUUUGUGGGUAAUUUCGGAUUUUAUGUAAUCUAACUGGAUUACAUCUUUAAAAGAUUUCCAUUAUUCAUGCAGCUUGAAUAGCUGGUUCAUUCA